GCCCGGAAACCGCUGGCUCGUGUCACGUGACUCACGACCCGACCCCGAGCCGGAGCCCAGCCCGCUGGGGGAAGAGGAUCAGAUCGCCGUUCGAGAAUCUGAAGGCCCAUCCGUACUGCGAGCCAUGGGGGCUCUCUGGACCCUCCUCCUGGCCUUGGCUGCAGGCCUGGCCGCUGGCCGCCCACCUAACAUCAUGCUGAUCUUUGCUGAUGACCUGGGCUAUGGGGACCUGGGCAGCUAUGGGCACCCCAGUUCCACCACCCCCAACCUCGACCAGCUGGCUGCGGGGGGGCUGCGGUUCACAGACUUCUAUGUGCCGGUUUCUCUGUGCACACCCUCCCGGGCUGCCCUUCUGACUGGCCGGCUCCCAGUCCGGAUGGGCAUGUACCCUGGAGUCCUGGAGCCCAGCUCCCGGGGUGGUUUGCCCCUGGAGGAGGUGACCCUGGCUGAGGUCCUGGCCGCCCAAGGCUACCUCACAGGAAUGGCUGGCAAGUGGCACCUCGGGGUGGGGCCGGAGGGGGCCUUCCUGCCCCCUCAUCAGGGCUUCCACCGAUUCCUAGGCAUUCCGUACUCCCAUGACCAGGGCCCCUGCCAGAACUUGACCUGCUUCCCGCCAGCCACCCUCUGCAACGGUGGCUGUGAUCAGGGCCUGGUCCCCAUUCCACUGUUGGCCAACCUGUCUGUGGAGGCGCAGCCCCCCUGGCUGCCAGGACUGGAAUCCCGUUAUGUGGCUUUCGCCCGAGACCUCAUGGCCGAGGCCCAGCGCCAGAGUCGCCCCUUCUUCCUGUACUACGCCUCUCACCACACCCACUACCCCCAGUUCAGUGGGCAGAGCUUUGCUGAGCGCUCAGGUCGUGGGCCAUAUGGGGACUCCCUGAUGGAGCUGGACGCAGCCGUGGGGGCACUGAUGACGGCCAUCGGAGACCUGGGGCAGCUUGAAGAGACAUUGGUCAUCUUCACUGCAGACAAUGGACCUGAGACAAUGCGCAUGUCCCGGGGUGGCUGCUCUGGCCUUCUGCGAUGCGGAAAGGGAACGACCUUCGAGGGCGGUGUCCGAGAGCCUGCCUUGGCCUUUUGGCCAGGCCACAUCACUCCUGGCGUGACCCAUGAGCUGGCCAGUUCCCUGGACCUGCUGCCCACCCUGGCAACCCUGACUGGGGCCCCACUGCCCAAUGUCACUUUGGAUGGCUUUGACCUUAGCCCGCUGCUGCUGGGCACAGGCAAGAGCCCUCGGCAGUCUCUCUUCUUCUACCCGUCCUACCCAGACGAGGUCCGUGGGGUCUUUGCUGUGCGGAAUGGGAAGUACAAGGCUCACUUCUUCACCCAGGGCUCUGCCCACAGCGAUACCACCCCAGACCCUGCCUGCCAUGCUGCCAGCCCUCUGACCGCUCAUGAACCCCCUCUGCUCUACGACCUGUCUGAGGACCCUGGUGAGAACUACAACCUCCUGGGGGGUGUGGCUGAGGUCACCCCAGAGGUGCUGCAGGCCAUGAAACAGCUUCAGCUGCUCAAGGCCCAGUUUGACGCAGCUGUCACCUUCGGCCCCAGCCAGAUGGCCCGGGGGGAGGACCCUGCCCUGCAGAUCUGCUGCCAGCCCAGCUGCACGCCCCACCCAGCCUGCUGCCACUGCCCAGACCCUCAGGCCUGAGGGCAUGGGCCUGUCCCUAUGAGGGAGCCCCAGCCCAGGGCCCCUCUCCCCACCCAGGAAUCUGAUGGGUCAUUAUUGUGAGUAGGCUGCAGUGUAUGAAGGUAGUUUGUACCUGAUAAUGUAAUAACACCAGCUGAGACUUGUGAUAAUUCAUCUAUCCUGGGGUAGCCCUGUGAGGUCGGUGGGGUUCCCCUAUAGCACAAAUGAAGAAAUGGAAGUACAGGAAGUUCAGGACUAGUCCAAGGUCAGCCAGGAGGUUGGGCUGGCUCUGGAUCCUGUAUCCUGGCCCCAGAAACUACUCAGCCAACGCGGUGAUCUGUGUGUGUGUGUGUCAGUACACGUGUGCAUACAUCAACCACGGGAGUGUGGGCACAUCUCAGGAGCAGGACUUGGUGCUUUUAAGAGUCAGGAACAGUGUGGGGAGCCAGUAGACCCUGAAGAGAUGGAGCACCGGGAAGAGGCAGGUGUUUCCCAGGAAGAAGCAUUCCUAGAGGUACAGGAACUAGACUGCCUUGGUUCUUAUCAGAAACCUGUCUGAAGGCAGGUGAUGAGUUGCACAUUUCAGGUGGGGAUAAGGGGUCUGGGGCUCUGCCAGCUCCUAGGAAGUCAGCUCCCAAGACAGCCCUGCUGUGCCCCCUCCACCCUCGCGAGACUGCAUUUCACCGACACACACACUUCCUGUCUCUGUCCUCACCUUUGACCCGGUAAAAGCCAUUCUCUACCCAGCAGACAGUGAUUUCAGGUUGGGUUGGAGCAUCUACUUUUGCUCACAACUCCACAGGCUUCAUUAUUAUACUCAGAGUAACUUCCCGCCCCAAAAGCUCUUUCAAACUUGGAGUGACCCACCUGCCUUCACCCAUACCCUCUUGCCUCUAAGCCCUGUUGGGGUGGGCUGGCCUGGCUGUUCCCUCCACCAGCAAUGUUCUGCCUCCACCGUUGGCCUCAUCUGCAGAGAGGGGCUUCCUGACACCUACUUGCAUUUGCAUGGUACAGCGUGCUGACAUCAGGCCCAUGUGUGUGGCCAGGUGGUGAGUCACGCACCAGGCACUCCCUUGGUGUUGAUUGAGUGAGAGGAGUGCCGUCUGGAUUUGCAGAUACUUCCCCAUGGCAAACACUGUUUGUUGCCUACCAAAGAGCCACUCCUUCCUUACUAAUGGGUCCCCACUGUUUUCAGUGGUGCACAAAAUCUCCGUGAUCUCAGGGUUGCAGCCUCUCCCUGUCCCAGGAGGGUAGUGACUGGCCUGAGUCACUCACAGUCCAGUGAUUGGUCCAAGAGUAGCCUGUGACCAAGAGUCCUGGGGCAGCCCUGGGGCUGAGGACCGUGCUGAGGCAGUCAGGGACCCUGAAUGGACAUCAUGCAUCUGCUGAGCCAGUGUCUCCAGCUGCCUACCUGGAGAGCUCCAAGUAUAAGAAAAUAAACCCUACCUGUUUAAACCAC